AUGAAGAAGAAUAGACUUCCACAGCAACUUCCAGGACUCAACCUCUAUCCUCUUAACCAAUAAUCAACUCCUAAUAUUGAUUUCACUAAGGAAUUCCAAGAUGAAAAGGCACUGUUCCUUGAAAGAGAGAACCAGAGAUUGUAAGAAGAAGUCCGACAGCUGCUCAGAGAGAAUCAGCAACUUAAAGAUGAAAAUUUCCACCUGAGAAAUUAGAUGAAGGAAAACGGUGGUGGUGGUCUGAGAAGUAACAGAUCAGUUGCCGUUCUCAAGGAGAAUAUCAAUCAGACUAAUAGUGUGAUUGCUGAUUUAGACAGCCUCAGAUGCGAUAACUGUGAGCAAGAUGUAGCUAGAAAAAACUAUGAUUUACACACUGUUUAUUGCAUGAAGAAUUUCUCCAAGUGCCCAUACUGUAAAAAGAUCCUAGCAUCUAAGGAGUAUGAUAAGCACAUUAAUGAAUCUAAGGGAACAAAAGAACAGCUGAUAAGUGCAGUUCAAAAUGGAAUGAAGGAUUAGUUAAUCAUGAUGGAAAGACACGGACAAGCACUUCUAAAUAUCUAUGAUGAUCCAGAUCUUAACAACAAUCUACUUCAUCUAGCAGUGAAGCACAAUCAAUAUGAGAUAACUGAGUAUCUGGUUAAGAUGUAUAUAUGCAUAUUUUAAAGUCAUUUUUAAAGGGGUAUCGAUGUGAACGUUCAAAAUAACUUUGGAGAGACACCUCUACAUUAAUGUAGUGGGUAAAAUAAGAAUAUGGAGAUUUCUAAAUUCCUUCUCAUGAAAGGAGGUAAUCCAAACAUCAAGAACCGCUUGGGAGAUUCUCCUCUUGGUAAAUACUCCUUUUGUCCUUUAUAUAUCAUUAUAGAUCUCGCUAAAAGAUACGGCAACCAUUAGAUAGCAAUGCUUUUUGCAGCUUGCGAAUCAACAGUUGUGCAGACUGCAAGAAUCAUCACUAAAACUCCUUAGGUCAAGUUAUUGUUAAAGAAACUUUGA